AUGGUUCGGGACAACAUACAAGCGGCAGCAACGGAAGACAAGCAGGACAGAGCUGCUGAGAUGGUCGUCGAUGCUGCGCACGAGAAGGCUGCACAGCAUGCUGCACGCAAUGAUGGCAGCCCUGAAGAAAUAGCAGAGCAGCUGGUGAGUGAGGUGGACGGCGGAGACAUUAAGAGCAUAGAGCUGGAGAGAAAACACGCCGAGAUCAAGCCUGGCCAGCCGGGGAGCGGUGUGCAGCGAGGCUCUGCUGCAGCUGCAGCCCAGUCGGCUGUGGACAGAGCGGCAGAUCCUACAAGGACAAGCAAACCGGUGAUAGCACAGAAGGCAGAGGCGGCCUUGGCUGAUGAGGUCAGAAAUGCUCGUGACUAGAUGGGAGCGCAGUAAUCAUGUAGUAUCUGCUUAGCCUGAUACUGAAGUGUACUUGUAUCACUUAAAGCACAAAAUUUGUAACCAAUUUGUAACCAAUUUUUCAACUG